AUGAAAGGGCGCGGCAAGCCUCCAGUUCUUCCAGAACCGCCAGGCUCUUGGUUUGGGCACAAGAUUGCACCUGGAACAAAGCAAGAGAUUUUUCCAUCGCCACGACCGAAAACUCCGUCAAGAUUCAAAAACCGGAUCCGACCACAAUACAGCGCCGAGAAUCCCUUCAGUGCUUAUGAUAAUCGUCCAGAAGCAGGGCCCGAUAAUCAGCGCACUCGACGGAUGAACUCAUCACUGAACCACCGCGCAGUUUACGAGACAAAGAACAUUACGCCUCUCGCAAAAACUCCUCUGGAUCCAAACUUCCGUCGCUACUCAAAAGCUCCAAAACCGAUAACCCCAGCCUUCGACUCCCGAUCUGUUCAACUCGGAUGA